AUGCCCGAGAAAACCAUGCUCAGUCUCAGCACGUCGGGGGAGUCAACAACGGGUCACUUGGGCGUACUGGAUCGCAAAGAAUAUAUGGGCCUUCGUCUGGGAUACAGAUUUAAUGAGCCUGCAAGGAUCGCCACUUUUAUCUUCGAUCCAAGAAGGUGGGCUAAAGGAUACUCGUUUCAGGGCCUGUUUGGAUACUUCCAGAUUAUGGAAGCUAGCUUCCACAAUCUCCCACCAGACAUCUCUCGGCGUGUUGACAGGCCUGCCGAGCGAAGGCGGCGGUUCUUCUGCUUCGGCCUCCCGCUCCUCCUUCCCUCCCUCUCGUCUGCAAUAUCACGCGCGGAGGCGCAGCCACGCAGGGAGGUCUGCAAGGACAGGGACGCGAUGGCGUCGAGGCGGACCACGACCAUGGCCACCGCUGGGCUGGGUCGUCGGUUCCGCGGCUGCCCCGCAUCGCGUCGCGUUGAGGGCCCAGUGGCGGCGGCGGGGCAGGAUCUCGCCGUCAGUCUGGCCUCGGGGCUCCGGGCGACACAAAAUGGAGGGCCGGCGGCAUCUGGCGGAGAACUCGUGCGGCUAGGGAAGAAGUGGUGGCGUCUGGUGCUUGGGGGAGAGGGGGCGGGGCUGCCGGAACAGAGGCGGCGGCGACGGGAGAGGCAACUUCUGCACGAUAGAUGUCGUUUAUUUUUUCGGACCGGAGGAGGCUUCCAAACAGUCCCUUAUGGGUGCAUAUGGGCUAGCGAUACAGAUUUGCAAAACACUGAAAAUGUUUUUCUUUUUUUCGCUAAUAAGGAACUGGACAUGGUUAGAGAACACAUCCAGAAGCUCCUAAUUUUCUGGAAGAUCACAUGUUAG